AUGAAUAAGGCGCUGAUAGCGAAGUUAGGCUGGCGUCUCAUACACGAUGAUGUAUCUCUCUGGGCUCGAGUGUUACAGAGUAAGUACCGAGUCAGAGAUAUAAGGGAUGAGAGUUGGCUAAAAACUAAGAGUAACUGGUCGUCGACGUGGAAAAGUGUCUUGAAAGGGGUGAGAGAGGUAGUGAUACCAGGACUAAGUUGGGGUUUUGGGAAUGGCAAUACGGUCCGGUUUUGGAAGGACAUAUGGCUGUUAGGAUCAUCACUAAUGCAUGAGUCGAAUGUAGAGAUCCCAGCGGAACUCGCAAAUGCAAGAAUAUGUGAUCUUUGGCAAAAUGGAGUAGGCUGGAAGCUACCACAACUCUCGCCGUAUAUUUCACCCGACACAAGACUGAGGCUAGCGGCCGUGGUUGUUGAUGAAUUUACGGGUGCAAGAGAUAGAGUGGCAUGGGGCCAGACACAAGACGGAGAGUUCUCAGUCAAAUCGGCGUACACAUCUUUAACCAGAAAUGAUCAGCCGCGACAAAAUAUGCAAGGGAUAUUCCAACGCGUAUGGCAGGUGAUUGCACAUGAAAGGGUACGAACUUUCCUCUGGUUAGUGGUGAAUCAGGGGAUUAUGACGAAUGCAGAGCGGUACAGGCGACAUCUCAGCGCUACAGAUACUUGCCAAGUAUGCAGAGGCGGAGAAGAAAGCAUAAUUCAUAUCUUGAGAGAUUGCCCGGCGAUGGAGGGAAUUUGGAGGUGUAUUGUGCCAGCAAGGAAGCAGAGAGAGUUCUUUAGUGCUCCGCUACUGAGCUGGAUACACCAAAACCUUGGUGACACAGCUGAUCUGGGUGAAUAUAUUUGGUCCACAAUGUUUGCAGUAGCUGUCUGGUGGGGUUGGAAAUGGCGAUGCGGGAAUGUUUUUGGGACCAAUGGGAAGUGUCGAGACAGAGUGCGGUUCGUCAAAGACUUAGCAGCUGAGGUUACUAAAGUGCAUGUUAAGUCAAGGGAACAUGGAGUGGCUAUAACUAGAGUUCAGAGGCAAAUCGCAUGGCAGCCUCCGGAAGGUGACUGGUGGAAGAUGAAUACGGAUGGAGCAGCUAGAGAGAAUCCGGGCCCAGCCUCAGCGGGUGGAGUUCUACGAGAUACCAGUGGAAGAUGGAUUUGUGGAUUCGCUCUCAACAUUGGCAUAUGCCCAGCCCCACUAGCAGAGUUUUGGGGUGUGUACUACGGACUCUAUAUGGCCUCGGAAAGACAAGUCCCGCGCUUGAUCAUUGAGGUGGACUCCGAGACUGUGAUGGGUUUUUUCAUACAUGGAUUAGUGAUUCUCACCCCUUGUCCUUCCUAG